AAGUAACGGACUGACCCUUGGUCGCUCUCACAGCGCAUGAGGAAUUUUGAAGAAAAAGAUUCCAAAAUUCUGCGUUUGCAAUAGCUUGAAGCUUAAAAAAAAAAGUAGAUAGAAAUUCCAAAGGGUUUGCAUUCAAAGAUAAGAGUAGGCCUUUAAACUACAGGAAAAUUCUAUGUUUCUUGGACAAAAGGUUUUCUUAUGGAAUCCCAGGACUUAUUGGUCUUUGCUUCGUUUCCAAGCUGUAGACUUUGACGCCUCUGCUUCUUCUAAUGCUACAAGUUACCUUCUUUUCUAGCAAAUUAAACCACCCACAGUCUGUUGUUUUAUAACGCUCUCAGCUUUCGUGGAUGGUCCAGCGAACUUUAAUACAUUUCCAGAUGAAAGCUUCAAUCGAAGAUAAACCAUUCCCUGCAUGGUCAUGGUCUGUUGAACAGUGCUUGAGAGAAUACAGCGUUAAACUCGAAAAGGGUUUGAAUACCUUCGAGGUUGAGAAGCGGCGCGAGAGAUAUGGUUGGAACGAGUUAGCAAAAGAGAAUGGGACGCCCUUGUGGCAACUAGUACUAGAGCAAUUUGAUGACAUUCUUGUGAAGAUUCUUCUGGUUGCAGCUUUUAUAUCAUUCAUUCUGGCUUAUUUGCAUGGAAGCGAAUCAGGGGAGUCUGGGUUUGAAGCUUAUGUGGAGCCACUCGUGAUAAUUUUGAUUUUAGUACUUAAUGCCAUUGUUGGAGUUUGGCAAGAGAACAACGCUGAGAAAGCACUUGAAGCUCUCAAAGAAUUGCAGUGUGAAUCUGGAAAAGUGUUAAGAGAUGGGUAUUUUGUGCCUGAUUUGCCUGCACGAGAGCUUGUUCCUGGUGAUAUUGUGGAAUUGCAUGUAGGAGAUAAAGUGCCUGCGGACAUGAGAGUUGCUGCUCUGAAAACCUCAACAUUGCGAGUUGAACAAAGCUCUCUAACUGGAGAAGCAAUGCCUGUUUUGAAGGGCACAAAUCCUAUUUUCAUGGAUGAUUGUGAGUUGCAGGCCAAGGAAAAUAUGGUUUUUGCAGGCACCACUGUUGUCAAUGGGAGCUGUCUCUGUAUUGUUGUCACCACUGGGAUGAACACUGAAAUUGGAAAGAUACAGAAGCAAAUUCAUGAUGCUUCUUUGGAGGACAGUGACACCCCCUUAAAGAAGAAGCUGGAUGAGUUUGGUGGGCAGCUUACCACUGCAAUUGGACUGGUUUGCCUUGUUGUCUGGGUUAUAAACUACAAAAAUUUCCUUUCCUGGGAGCUUGUGGGUGGAUGGCCUUCAAACAUCAAAUUUUCUUUUGAGAAGUGCACCUAUUACUUCAAAAUUGCUGUUGCCCUGGCUGUAGCUGCAAUCCCUGAAGGCCUUCCCACUGUCAUCACCACUUGUUUAGCCCUGGGUACAAGAAAAAUGGCACAAAAGAAUGCAAUUGUGCGAAAGCUUCCAAGUGUAGAAACUCUGGGAUGCACGACUGUUAUUUGUUCAGAUAAAACUGGUACUCUGACAACAAAUCAGAUGUCUGUAAGAGAGUUCUUUACUUUGGGAGGAAAAACUACUGCUUCUCGAGUCAUCUGUGUUGAAGGCUCAACUUAUGAUCCUAGGGAUGGAGGAAUUGUGGAUUGGACUUGCUAUAACAUGGAUGCGAACUUGCAGGCCAUGGCAGAAAUAUGUGCCAUUUGUAAUGAUGCUGGGAUUCAUUUUGAUGGUCGCCUUUUCCGGGCUACAGGUUUGCCCACUGAAGCAGCUCUCAAGGUUUUGGUUGAAAAGAUGGGAGUUCCAGAUAACAAGGCAAGGAACAGAAUUUGGGACACAGAAGUUGCUGCAAGCUACUUGAAUAAUAGCAACACUGUUAAGUUAGGAAGUUGUGAUUGGUGGACAAGAAGAUCCAAAAGAGUUGCCACAUUAGAGUUUGAUCGAAUUAGGAAGUCAAUGAGUGUUAUUGUUCGUGAACCAACUGGACGAAAUCGGCUUCUGGUUAAGGGAGCUGUUGAGAGUUUACUUGAACGUAGUUCACAUGUGCAACUAGCUGAUGGAUCCCUGGUUCCAAUUGAUGAGCAAUGUAGAGAACUACUGUUUUCAAGACUCCUAGAGAUGAGUUCAAAAGGAUUGCGUUGCUUGGGUUUGGCAUAUAAGGAUGACUUGGGUGAAUUUUCAGACUACUAUACUGAAAAUCAUCCUGCUCACAAGAAAUUGCUUGAUCCUACUUGCUACUCAUCCAUCGAAAGUGAUCUAGUAUUUGUUGGUGUUGUUGGUCUAAGAGAUCCUCCUCGUGGAGAAGUUCACAGGGCAAUUGAGGAUUGCAGAGAAGCUGGUAUUAGAGUUAUGGUAAUAACUGGAGAUAACAAGUCCACAGCAGAGGCUAUUUGUCGGGAAAUUAAUCUGUUCUCCGGAGAAGAGGAUCUUACCGAGAGAAGUAUGACAGGCAAGGAGUUCAACUCUCUUUCUUCUUCAAAACAAGUUAAAAUGUUGUCAAGACCUGGAGCCAAGGUUUUCUCUCGAGCUGAGCCUAGACACAAACAAGAGAUCGUGAGGUUACUGAAGGAGAUGGGAGAGAUUGUUGCAAUGACUGGAGAUGGUGUGAAUGAUGCUCCUGCUCUUAAACUUGCUGACAUAGGGAUUGCCAUGGGCAUAACUGGAACUGAGGUUGCAAAAGAAGCUUCAGAUAUGGUGCUUGCAGAUGACAACUUUAGUACCAUUGUUUCAGCUGUUUCUGAGGGUCGCUCUAUUUAUGAUAACAUGAAAGCCUUCAUUAGAUACAUGAUAUCAUCCAAUGUUGGAGAAGUGAUAUCUAUAUUCUUGACUGCUGCACUGGGGAUCCCAGAAUGUAUGAUACCUGUGCAACUUCUGUGGGUGAAUUUGGUUACUGAUGGUCCUCCUGCAACAGCUUUGGGUUUUAACCCAGCUGAUGUUGAUAUAAUGCGAAAGCCACCUCGUAAAACUGAUGAACCUCUCAUCAGUUCAUGGGUUCUUUUUCGUUAUCUGGUAAUUGGUUCCUAUGUAGGAAUUGCAACAGUGGGCAUUUUUGUGUUGUGGUACACACAGGCAUCUUUUCUCGGCAUCAAUCUGGCCAGUGAUGGGCACACAAUCAUAGAACUGUCUCAGCUUCGCAACUGGGGAGAGUGUCAUUCAUGGUCAAAUUUUACUGCUUCUCCAUUUGAAGUAAGUGGUGGUCGCCUGAUCACGUUCUCAAAUCCAUGUGAUUACUUUUCAGUUGGUAAAGUGAAGGCUAUGACUCUAUCUCUCUCAGUCUUGGUGGCGAUUGAGAUGUUUAACUCUUUCAAUGCUUUAUCUGAAGAGAACAGCUUGUAUGAAAUGCCACCAUGGAGGAACCCUUGGCUUUUGAUAGCCACAACAAUAUCACUAGGACUCCAUUGCCUGAUCAUCUAUAUUCCAAUCCUUGCAGAUGUGUUUGGUGUUGUUCCACUAAGUCUAAAAGAAUGGUUUUUGGUCAUCCUAGUUUCUUUACCUGUAAUUUUUGUUGAUGAGGUUCUGAAAUUAGUGGUGAGGAGGAGGAGGACAGCAAGAAAGGAGAAAACAGCAUGAAGAAGUCUUUGAUGGUCAUUGAAAAAAGCAGCACAAGAGAUUAAUGGGUGUAUCAAACCAAAUUCUUUGAUAAAUUUGUUCUUUGGGAGAAAAAGUAUAGUUCAUUUGUAGGUGGCUGGAAAUAGGUCACUUCUUACAAUCA